AAACCGGAAGUAGUUGCCACGAGAAAGUUAAAAAGGUGAAGGCCACUGUAAGAUCCACCUGACGCUCUAUAAAUAAGGGAUUUAUGUGUUUAUAUGGUUGGAAAAUGACCAUUGCCUUAUCACCCUGAACGAUGUCUUGUUAGUAUCUUUAAGGGGCGUCAGUGACUUCCUCUAAAAUGGAGGGAGUGCUGCUGAAAUGGACCAACUAUCUGACAGGUUGGCAGCCCAGAUGGUUUGUGUUGGACAAUGGAAAUCUCUCCUAUUACAAAUCCCAAGAGGAAGUUAAUCUUGGAUGUAAAGGGUCAUUUCGAAUGGCAGUGUGUGACAUUAAUGUUCACUCAACAGACAAAUGUCGGUUAGAUUUAAUUAUACCUGGAGAGUCCCAUUUUUAUCUGAGGGCUUCAAAUCCCCAGGAGAGACAGCAGUGGUUAGUUUCCUUGGGAACAGCUAAAGCAUCACUCACUAAUGGAAGAAUUAAGGAGAGUGCAGAUGAGGUUUCCCCUGACAUCAUCAAGACAAAGAAGUCAGAAUUAAGACUGUACUGUGAUUUGUUGAUGCAACAAGUUCAUUCUGUGAAAUCUGUAGCCCAGGCAGGUGAUCCAGUGGAUAUUGAGAAGUUGAAUGAGGCUACAUCCCUAUUAGGUCCAACAUGUGAUACAUUUAUAUCCACUUUGGAGGAUUGUAUGAAGAUUGCAAAUGCAAGCAAAGCGUAUGAUUCCCCUCACCAACACAUUAGUGAUUCACCUUUCCCUAUGGUUAAACUGAAACACCCUCCGAAGAAGGAGUCAAGGUCAUAUUCAGUGUCUGACAAAUAUCCCCCUGCAGUCUCCUCCAGACGACGUACGAUCUCGGACAACUCCCCAGAAAAACUCAGCCCUCGUUCCCAUUCUGCCCCGUCUAAUUCACCGCAGCCACGAGUAACAGAGGAUAGGCCAGCAUUAAGAACAGAGACCCACACUCAAGAAAAGGAGCAAAACUCCUCAAGUGAAAACCUGAAACGAUCCGCCUCCUUGGAGAAUGGAGAUGAAGAAGAGUUCAAAGAUGCUAUUGAUGAAAAAAUUCCAAACUUUUUUUCCACAAUGCAAUCCAGUUUUAUGGAUUUGCAGUUAGAAGCUGAUGGUGGUAUUCCUAUUGAACAUUUUCUGUCAGCUUGUAGAUGCAUGGUUCCAAUAUUUGACAAAUUAAAUGCCACAGCAUUUGCCCCAGUGAAAAUGGACUUUCAAGGAAACAUAAGAAAAAUACAGCAGAAAUAUUCCACAAACCCCUCUUCUUUCACAACACUACAGAAAAUGGUGAUGGGUGAAGUGGACUGUAAACACCACCGGGUGUCCAGCUCAGCCACAGUGGCUCUGUUGUGGAUGAAGAGAGGCCUGCAAUUCAUCAGAGAGUUCCUGGUGGAAAUCCUGAACAACCAGCAGGACCUGUCAUUAGCUGCUGGCAAUGCGUACAGUAAAUCCUUGAGACCUUACCAUGGCUGGGUGGUCAGAGGAGUGUUCGCUGUGGCUGUGAAAGCCCUACCAAGCCGUGAAGUGUUCAUCUCUCUGUUAGCGGUCCCAGGAGGAGAGAACAAGGGGGUAGACUUCUUACAUUCCUUGAUGUCUGACAUGGAGAACUAUAUAACUGCCCUCGGUGAAAUCCUGCGCAUUCUCAAUGACUUUUACAAGGUUCAUACUCUAGACAAUGAGGAGCCUACUGGAACUGAUCCAGUGGAUAUUGAGAAGUUGAAUGAGGCUACAUCCCUAUUAGGUCCAACAUGUGAUACAUUUAUAUCCACUUUGGAGGAUUGUAUGAAGAUUGCAAAUGCAAGCAAAGCGUAUGAUUCCCCUCACCAACACAUUAGUGAUUCACCUUUCCCUAUGGUUAAACUGAAACACCCUCAGAAGAAGGAGUCAAGGUCAUAUUCAGUAUCUGACAAAUAUCCCCCUGCAGUCUCCUCCAGACGACGUACAAUCUCGGACAGCUCCCCAGAAAAACUCAGCCCACGUUCCCAUUCUGCCCCGUCUAAUUCACCGCAGCCACGAGUAACGGAGGAUAGGCCAGCAUUAAGAACAGAGACCCACACUCAAGAAAAGGAGCAAAACUCCUCAAGUGAAAACCUGAAACGAUCCGCCUCCUUGGAGAAUGGAGAUGAAGAAGAGUUCAAAGAUGCUAUUGAUGAAAAAAUUCCAAACUUUUUUUCCACAAUGCAAUCCAGUUUUAUGGAUUUGCAGUUAGAAGCUGAUGGUGGUAUUCCUAUUGAACAUUUUCUGUCAGCUUGUAGAUGCAUGGUUCCAAUAUUUGACAAAUUAAAUGCCACAGCAUUUGCCCCAGUGAAAAUGGACUUUCAAGGAAACAUAAGAAAAAUACAGCAGAAAUAUUCCACAAACCCCUCUUCCUUCACAACACUACAGAAAAUGGUGAUGGGUGAAGUGGACUGUAAACACCACCGGGUGUCCAGCUCAGCCACAGUGGCUCUGUUGUGGAUGAAGAGAGGCCUGCAAUUCAUCAGAGAGUUCCUGGUGGAAAUCCUGAACAACCAGCAGGACCUGUCGUUAGCUGCUGGCAAUGCCUACAAUAAAUCCUUGAGACCUUACCAUGGCUGGGUGGUCAGAGGAGUGUUCGCUGUGGCUGUGAAAGCCCUACCAAGCCGUGAAGUGUUCAUCUCUCUGUUAGCGGUCCCAGGAGGAGAGAACAAGGGGGUAGACUUCUUACAUUCCUUGAUGUCUGACAUGGAGAACUAUAUAACUGCCCUCGGUGAAAUCCUUCGCAUUCUCAAUGACUUUUACAAGGUUCAUACUCUAGACAAUGAGGAGCCUGUUUGAGAGAGGAUGUAGAGCUCAAAACUGCCCAGCUUCUUACAGUUUUAAUUAUUCAUUUUUUUCCUGAAUCACUUACUUUUUUAUUUUGGUGUUCAAAAUUAAAUUGAAAUUUUUUUACUGUUGAAUACUUAUAGAAUACAUCUUUAAAACAUCUUUAAAAAUCAAAAUGCGGUUUAAAAUUAUUAAGUCACAAGUUAUAAGUUUUUUAAAACAAAGGUGAUUUACUCUUUUGUAGAUAAUUUUCUGUUUCUGUAGAAACUGUCUUUGUGUAAUAUAAGAGGUUCCUAUAAAAACAGGGGAUAGAAAAUUGUUUUUUUAUGGGAUGACAAUGGUUAAUUGCAUAGAAAGUUUGUUAGAUUUGAUACACUAGUGGUGCUUGAAAAUCUUGUUGACUCGUUCAUGGUGUAUGCUAUCUACAAAAAAUUAGAUGUUAAACUGUAGAUUCCUAAUUAAAAUGUGAGAAAUUAAUUUUUGUAUAAGAUGGCGGUAAGGCACCCUCGCAGAUUUUAAAAUUUCAAACAGUUUUGAACCAUAUAGGAAAUUGUAACAAUAAAUUGGUGAUCACAA